GCUCGCUUCUCCGGCUCAUCGCGGCGCAGUCCAGGCAUCUCGCCGGGCCGGCUCGGAGCUGCGGCCGCCGCCUGCCUCCCUCUCUCCCUCCUUCCCUCCCGCGGCAGGAUCGCAGCCCGGGCGCCCCCUCCCUGCCCAGGGCCGGGGCAUGCCGCUGGCGGCCGGGGCUCUGCGGACCGCCCUGGACCAGCUGCAGCACCAGCCGCCUGUGCAGCCCCCUCCAGCCACCACCAUCGCUCUGCCUGCCUGCGCUCGGCAUCGGCCGCCUCUCCUGCCUCGCCGGAGCUCGGAGCCCCUCAAGCAGCAGCGAUGAAGCUGCCGCCACCAGCCUCCCGCUAGGCGCAGCCACCCGCUCCUCCGGCCGCCUCGCCUCGCCUCGCCUGCCCCACGCCCUCCCCUUCCAACUUGCUCCUGCCGAGGACGGAGUUGGCUGGAGCUGGGGGGCAGCAGGAGGAGGAGGACAAAAAAAUCAUCAUCAUCAUCAACCUCUCCAGCCCCAGAAGAAGGAAGGUGGCAGGGGGGCAGCGCUUCCCGGGCGAGGAGGCAGAGCAGGGGGCAGCGUGGAUCUGAGCAUCAGCUGGUGGUGCUGGAGGAGGAAGAGAAGCGAGAGAGGAGGAGGAAGGCGGAGGAGGGGGAGAUCUCUCUCUCUCGCUCCCUUUUUUUGCGGUCUCUUCAAGCAGCGGCUUUUCUCCUGGAGCAGCAGCAGCAGCAGCUCGGGCUGUGCGUGCCCGUGCCGCAUCCGACCAGCAUCCGCCGAGGCAUCACCUUGCUCUGAAGUUGGGCAACUGGGGAGAUACAUCCGAGCGGGCUCCGUGCUGGGAAGGGGAAGGAGGAGGAAGCCACCGGCUCUUUCAAUUUUUUUUUUUUUUUUUUUUACCCCUCCAUUUCCUCCCCCCUCGGGAAACCGGCAGGAAAGGAAAGGAGACACUCCCCGCCCCCCAUUUUUCUUCUCCCCUAUUCUUUUUUAUUAUUUUUUUAAAUUCCUCACCACCCCCCCCCUCCUCUUUGCUUUUUUUUUUUGGAGGGGGGGCUUGGCUCCAGCGGUCCUGCCGCCUGGUUUCCAUGGCUGGAUUGUGGCAGCUGCCCGUUGCAGGUUGUUGAGGAACUGAUGGGGGGACCCGCAGCUCGGGAGCAGGCGGCGACUGAAGAAAUGCUGAAUUCAGAAAUCUGCAAAAAAUAGUGAAUGGAUUUUAGCAACUGAAGAACAUAAAAGGUCUCAGACUCUGGAUAUUUACUGUGCUUUUUUAUUUUAUUUUAUUUUUAUUUUUGGCUGGCUUUUUUCCUUCCCCUUUCCUUUGGAUGUGAAUUGAAGACCUGCUGAAGGACUGCUGAAAGAGGGAACAGGAGGACACUUAUUUUUGUUUUACUGGGAAGCACUCAUUGCCAGGUUAUCUUUACUUUCUCCCUCCACAGUCAUGUGGUCAUCACAGUUGCUGUUCUUCACAAUACUCUUAGCACCAAUAGCCCAUGCUUUCAGUCGUGCCCCAGUCCCCAUGGCUGUGGUUCGAAGAGAACUAUCCUGUGAGAGCUAUCCAAUAGAACUUCGCUGCCCAGGAACAGAUGUCAUCAUGAUUGAAAGUGCCAACUAUGGUAGGACUGAUGAUAAAAUCUGUGACUCUGAUCCUGCUCAGAUGGAGAAUAUCCGCUGUUAUCUACCAGAUGCCUAUAAGAUUAUGACUCAGAGAUGCAGCAAUCGCACCCAGUGUGCUGUGGUAGCAGGCCCUGAUGUGUUCCCAGACCCCUGCCCAGGAACAUACAAGUACCUGGAAGUGCAGUACGAAUGCGUCCCUUAUAUUUUUCUUUGUCCUGGACUACUAAAAGGAGUAUACCAGAGUGAACAUUUAUUUGAGUCAGACCACCAGUCUGGGGCGUGGUGUAAGGAUCCUCUUCAGGCUUCUGACAAGAUCUACUACAUGCCUUGGACCCCAUACAGAACUGACACCCUGACAGAAUACUCUUCCAAGGAUGAUUUCAUUGCUGGGAGACCCACUACGACAUAUAAGCUCCCUCACCGGGUGGACGGCACAGGAUUUGUGGUAUAUGAUGGGGCUUUGUUCUUCAACAAGGAGCGAACCAGGAACAUAGUCAAAUUUGACUUACGGACAAGGAUAAAGAGUGGAGAAGCUAUCAUAGCAAAUGCUAAUUACCAUGACACUUCCCCCUAUCGAUGGGGGGGCAAGUCUGAUAUAGACCUGGCUGUGGAUGAGAAUGGCCUGUGGGUAAUCUAUGCAACAGAACAAAACAAUGGCAAAAUUGUCAUUAGCCAGUUAAACCCUUACACAUUAAGGAUUGAAGGGACAUGGGAUACGGCGUAUGACAAACGGUCAGCUUCCAAUGCUUUCAUGAUUUGUGGGAUUCUAUAUGUGGUGAAGUCUGUGUAUGAGGACGAUGACAACGAAGCUACAGGGAAUAAAAUAGAUUACAUUUACAACACUGACCAAAGCAAGGAUAGUAUGGUGGAUGUUCCCUUUCCAAACUCAUAUCAGUACAUUGCUGCUGUGGAUUAUAAUCCCAGGGACAACCUCCUUUAUGUAUGGAACAACUAUCAUGUGGUGAAGUAUUCUUUGGAUUUUGGACCCCUGGACAGCAGAGCAGGGCAGGCUCAUCAUGGGCAAGUUUCCUAUAUUGCUCCGCCAAUUCAUCUUGAUUCAGAUCUGGAGAGGCCGCCUUCUAAGGAAGUAUCGCCAUCAGGAGCGCUGGCCACUGGAAGUACCACAAGCAGCACCACACCGCGGGUCACCACCAGCAGCACUGGGCGCACCACCACCACGUCAGCCACAGGCAGGCGGAACCGCAGCACCAGCACCCCAUCCCCGGCUGUAGACAUCCCUGAAGAGAUGACCACGCAUCUCCCGCCUGCUUCCUCCCAGCUCCCUGCUGUAGGGGCAGAGAGCUGCGAGGCUGUGGAAGCCCGCGAGAUCAUGUGGUCUAAGACCCGACAAGGACAGGUGGCAAAGCAACCAUGCCCUAUGGGGACAGUAGGUGUUUCAACUUUCUUGUGUCUUGCUCCUGACGGGAUCUGGGACCCCCAAGGGCCGGACCUCAGCAACUGCUCUUCUCCCUGGAUCAACCACAUAACUCAAAAGCUGAAGUCAGGGGAAACAGCUGCCAACAUUGCCAGAGAGCUUGCAGAGCAAACGAAAAACCAUUUGAAUGCUGGUGACAUCACGUAUUCAGUGCGCGCCAUGGACCAGCUGGUGGGCUUACUUGAUGUGCAGCUCCGAAACCUGACACCAGGCGGGAAAGAUAGUGCUGCACGUAGCUUAAACAAGCUUCAGAAAAGGGAGCGCUCUUGCAGGGCCUAUGUCCAGGCCAUGGUUGAGACGGUUAACAAUCUCCUACAGCCACAGGCUCUGAACGCCUGGAGGGACUUGACUGCAAGCGACCAGCUGCGUGCGGCAACCAUGUUACUUGACACAGUGGAGGAAAGUGCCUUUGUGCUGGCUGAUAACCUACUGAAGACAGACAUCGUCAGGGAGAACACUGACAAUAUCCAAUUGGAAGUUGCAAGACUAAGCACAGAUGGAAAUUUGGAAGAUUUGAAAUUUCCACAGAACAUGGGUCAUGGGAGCUCGAUCCAGCUAUCAGCAAAUACAUUGAAACAAAAUGGUCGAAAUGGUGAAAUCAGGGUGGCUUUUGUGCUGUAUAACAACCUGGGUCCAUAUCUCUCCACGGAGAAUGCCAGCAUGAAGUUAGGAACAGAGGCCAUGUCAACCAAUCACUCUGUCAUAGUUAACUCCCCUGUCAUUACGGCAGCAAUAAACAAAGAGUUCAGCACUAAAGUUUAUCUAGCAGAUCCUGUGGUGUUUGCUGUCAAGCACAUCAAGCAGUCAGAAGAAAAUUUCAACCCUAACUGUUCAUUCUGGAGCUAUUCAAAGCGCACAAUGACAGGUUAUUGGUCGACGCAAGGAUGUCGGCUCCUGACAACAAAUAAGACACACACUACAUGUUCCUGUAAUCAUCUAACCAACUUUGCUGUCCUGAUGGCACAUGUGGAAGUUAAGCACAGUGAUGCAGUCCAUGACCUUCUCCUGGACGUGAUCACGUGGGUUGGCAUUCUGCUGUCACUCGUCUGCCUCCUGAUUUGCAUCUUUACUUUCUGCUUUUUCCGUGGACUCCAGAGCGACAGGAACACUAUUCACAAGAACUUGUGCAUCAGCCUCUUUGUGGCAGAGCUACUUUUCCUCAUUGGUAUCAACCGGACAGAUCAGCCAAUUGCCUGUGCUGUGUUUGCUGCCCUCCUGCACUUCUUCUUCCUGGCGGCGUUCACCUGGAUGUUCUUGGAGGGUGUGCAGCUGUACAUCAUGCUGGUAGAGGUGUUUGAGAGUGAACAUUCACGGAGAAAGUAUUUCUACCUGGUUGGCUACGGGAUGCCUGCAUUGAUAGUGGCAGUGUCAGCAGCGGUUGACUACAGGAGCUACGGCACAGAUAAAGUAUGUUGGCUCCGACUUGACACCUACUUCAUUUGGAGCUUUAUAGGACCGGCGACCUUGAUAAUUAUGCUUAAUGUAAUCUUCCUUGGGAUUGCUCUCUAUAAAAUGUUUCAUCAUACUGCCAUACUGAAACCUGAAUCCGGCUGUCUUGACAAUAUCAAGUCAUGGGUUAUAGGUGCAAUAGCUCUGCUCUGCCUAUUAGGACUGACCUGGGCCUUUGGACUUAUGUAUAUUAAUGAAAGCACAGUCAUCAUGGCGUAUCUCUUCACUAUUUUCAAUUCUCUGCAGGGAAUGUUUAUAUUCAUUUUCCAUUGUGUCCUCCAGAAGAAGGUACGUAAAGAGUAUGGAAAAUGCCUGCGCACACAUUGCUGUAGCGGGAAAAGCACAGAGAGUUCCAUAGGCUCAGGAAAAACCUCUGGGUCACGGACACCUGGACGAUAUUCCACAGGCUCACAGAGCCGUAUUCGUCGGAUGUGGAAUGACACAGUUCGAAAGCAGUCCGAGUCUUCCUUUAUUACUGGAGAUAUAAACAGUUCAGCUUCACUCAACAGAGAAAGUGUAAGAGCACCAAAGCAGGAGCCAGUCUUUAGAAGAGUCCCAAUGGAAGACAGUGUCAUCUAAUGACUGGUGGAAGGACUCCCAGUACUUCUGAGAGGUUCUGUAUUUGGUUUACCCAUGGAUCUGCUCUGCGCUGACCUUUUUGCCUAUAUUCUAGUCCACCUCUAAGAUGCCUAGGUCCUUGCUACCGUUUGUCCCUAAAAGCAUGCGUCUUCCCUCAGGAGUGUGAUCCUGUUCCACCCAGGGAGAGUUCUUCUGCUCUGGGGAUGUUAAAACUUAGGCAACUCCAAAAUGCAUAAGCAGGAAUGGGAGCAGAACUCAGGGCUGCCUUCAUCAAGGAAGAGACAUCUUUUUCACUGGGCUACACAAUCAGACUCCCAUGUGACUGUUCUACUGCUGACCCCAUGACUCCUGCAUCCCUAUCCAUCCAGCCGGCCAGCUUCAACAGUAGUGAUCGAAGAUACUUUCAGCCUGACCCAGCUUGUGGCCUAGGCACUAGUGCAUUUUCUUUGGACAUGUAAGGUGUGGGUUCCAGUCCCAUCCAGUUGAGUGGGACUAAGAACCUGAGUUUUCCAUUCCCUAGACAAGUGCUCUAUUCACAAGGCUACUGGGAAAAGGUGGAUGAGCUCUCCUGCUCCAUCAGCAUGAAACAGGCAUUUUUCUCCUCAUAAGGAGUUAGGGACUUUGGAGGUCUGUGUGUACUUUCCAGACAGAUUUGAAUUGCAACAGUGCUUAAGUGGAGAUAGAUACUGUGGUAGCUGUUCUGGACUGCUGAUGAACAUGCGAAGUAGGCCAGGUCUAAUCACCCAGAAGUCUUUCCCCAAAUGGUGGUGAAUAAGGAACCUAAAUAUCAUAAUGAUUUUGUAGCUGCUGCAUGGGACAAGAUAGUACCUUAGCUACCCAAACCAGUAUAAGCACCACUUAGACAUCUGAGAGGUAGAACAGGGCUUGGGCUUUUGUGCCUCAAUUUGCCCACCUCUAAAUGAGACAGUAAUCCUUCACUCACAGGGCAUGUGAUGCAGACCAAUAAACCUGCAAAGCAUUUUGUGGCCCACAAGUCUGCAAAGUGCAAGCAGUUUUGCUGAGAGCUAUGUUUAAGGAGGGUUUGUUGUCCAGGCUACCACACAGCAGAGCCAUGAAAUACCAUGGAUCUCUGAGAAGCUGUUUUGUUUUCUUAGAGGAGACCAAUGGCCUCCAUGUUCAAGAAUGACUAGUAAUUUUGGAUGCUAGGAAUUUGGGGUUCUCAACCCAAAGCACCUGGAAAUGGCUUAAUUUGCAGAAAGUGUUUGAAAACUGCCUCUAAAAAUCAGGACCUUUUAAGGGUACCUCAAGUUGGUCUGCAAAACAGAGGCAUCCCAAAUCACUGGCCACUAUUGUAGCUAUAGUCCAGUGUAUAAACAGAGAUAAUACAAGGGGAAGAUAUAUCCCUAAUUUCAGGGCAAGAUACACUUGUUACCAGGGUACUUUAGAGGGCAAUUGUGAGGUGUAAAUAGAAAAUGGCACACAUUUAAUAGCGUCUUGUCUGACAGCUUUGGUAAACAGAGAAUUUCUGAAUCAAUGCCAAUCAGAUUUCCUUGUAAUAUGUAAAUACAGGGUGCAGGGGAGUUGUUUGUUUUUGGGGUUUGUUUUUUUUUAUUAAGAACUGAGCCUUAUUAUCUUAAGUGUAAUGAUUUCUUUUUGCCAAUUCAGUGUUGGGAAAUGAACCCAGGCACCCAACAAGCAUUUCUGCAUCUCCAGUGAGUUUCAUAUAGGAACGUAGGUAUUUUCAGAGUCCAAAUCCACCUAAGCCUCAUAGGGAUUAGCUUUGACACUCUAAAGUUAUACGAACCCACAAAAGAUCAUAGCAUGAAUUGUGAAAGAGGCUGAACAGACAGGGCUAUUUGCAGAUAAUUUUGUUGAUAUUUAUCCUUCAUUACUUCUAACAGAAUUGAAUUUUGGGGCCUAGACUUGCAGAUGGCAUAAAGCAAUGAAACUACCAGCUGGACUCCAUUCCAUCACCCUGAUACAGGAAUGUCAGAAUUAUUUGAGAAAGGGGAAAGAAUACCCAUUAGUUUGGGCCCCCAAAAUAAAAUAUGAAGCAUUAAUUCCAAAAAGAACCCCUCAAGGCAGAGCCAUUGCUUUUGGCCAACUAAUUUGGCUGGGUAGACAGAGAGAGAGAGAGAGAGAGAGUGUGUGUGUGUGUGUGAGAGAGAGAGAGAGAAAGGGGGAGAGAGAGAACAAGUCUAUAUAUUAUACUUACCUUUGUAUGUAUGGCCACACAUAAUAGAAGCAAUAGAAGUCAGACUUCAGGCACAUGACUUGGGACUGAUGGUCAUAGUACUUGAGAAGGACAGCCACACGAGAGAUGUACAAGCCGGCAAACAGACAGAUACGAAGCAAAUCUUUGCUCUAUGUUGUAUCAUCAUGUAUUUUUCAUCUGCUAUGUAUGUAACAAUAAGAGCAACAAAUGACGUAGGCCCAAAUCCAGUGUUAGCUGCUAGAAUACUAUAGCUUAGGCUUGUUACUCCAGGACAGUGAUCUUAUUUGACCAGGCAUAUUCACCCAGGAUCACGUACAGUGUGGAGAUGUAGGGCUGAUAUAUACCAUGGUAGUGAUGAGUUGCAGCCUUUUCAAGGCCCUUUCAACCCAUGCUACAAACCUGGAGCAGUAAGGCUGCUCUCAGUUCACCCACACAGGCCACUCCCAUGCACUCUGAAGGCCAACAGCUUGAGAGAAGGCACAGAGAAAGAGGUUCCCAGUAACCUCAGUGAUGUGUCUAUCAGUGUGAGUGAACAGAGCCUGCUCAGGUUCCUGAAUCUUGCCCUUAAGUGCCUCUGAAAAGCAAUCCAGAAAGUACUGAAGCGCUUACAGAUAACCAAUAGGAAACGCUAAGCACAAGGUUAUGUCUGAACUCACACCCCUGCCAGGGGUUAGAUAUGCGACUAAUAUUUGCCAUCAGGUAUUUCUGUUCACAUGUGCUCCCACUUUCAUAGGCAGGAAUCUCACUGACUGGUGGUUGUACCCAGCUCCAUUUGCCCAAGAAGUUUGUGGUGUAGGGCCUUCGGAGUUUCAAAUCCACAUCUCCUGUCUUCCUGGAGCAUGCUUUCACCGUCAGGUUUUCCAUCUGGAUGACAAAACUCCUACUCAUGGAGGAAAUCUUGAAAAUGCAAUUUGCUUUUGUGCCUACCACAGUUUGAUUUAUUACUUUUUAAAAUUUUGAUUGUGUUGGGUUCUGACACGUGACUUUUGAAAGGUGAGUUUGGCAACAUUAAACCUCAUAUAUAGGUAGUCUUCAGCCAGGGACAGUUUUAUGAUCUAGGAAAAAUUAGGUAUAUAGAUUGAAACUCUAUGAUACUAGAGAGCAGAAAUUCACAUAAUUUUUCUCUACAGCUCUCAAAAUUGGUGUCUACGCCUGGAAGUUCCCAUUGUACUGAACCUUAGACCUCUAACACUGUCUAAAGGAUUUUUUCUUUGCAGCACAUGCAAUCUGUUCACUAUAACGCUCUCCUUUUGGCCCUGCAGAGCUAAGUGCAUGGUAACCACGGGCUCUCAACUCUCCAAGUAAUGCCCUGCCCUACUCUCCUCCUCUAGCCCCUCCCCACCCCUUUCACUUUCAUGAAGCAAGCUGGAAAAGCAGCAGUGAAGCUACUCCAGGGACUUCCUCAAUGGCCAGUCUCAAGCAUGCCAGAGACAGAUGCCUGGAAAAAGUGACCCCAGAGGGAUGCCCUGCCACUCAUCCAGCCCAGCAGCGCAGGAUGGCAUAGACAUACCCAAAGGGGCCUGGCUAUAAAGAUGAUCAAAAACAAACUAAUAGGAAUGAAAAAGAUAAAUCCUGCCCUCGGCCUUUCCUUUGAGUGUAUUUUCAGUGUUGAAUACAUAGCACAUGCAGAUUACAUGAUGAGAUUGGUGCAUUCCAUCAUUGCUGAUUUCAGUAAACCUCUGUAAGUCAUAUGUAGGAUCAGCAUUUGUCAGUACUGCAGCCAUCUCAGAAGCACCCACAAAUGCUUUCAUAUCCCAAGUCAGUGAUUCUCAACCAGAGUCAUGCCAAAUCCUUUGAAGGGUGGUCAAGGUGUGAGGAGAUAAGCAGAUAAGCUAAGUAGGUAAAUGCAGGCUCAGGCUUGUCCCUGCCUGAAUGAUCCCCCACCUCUACUUCCCAGUCCUUCUGCAAGGAAGUAAGCAUUGUAAUAUAUACAUUAGUUUUUGAAACUGGGUGACAUUCAAUUCACAAAAUUUAUAGAUGGGUACCUCAAGUCCAAAAAAGUUGAAAACUACUGCCCUAUGCCAUGGGCAGGUAAAUGCAGAUGCAUGUGAGUGCUAGCUAAUAAUCACUGGGAACUAGGAAGCAGGUGAUCAGAAGAGCUCAGCGCACAGCAGACCCCUUGAAGAACAGUGGAAGUUGGAUGCUGAGCAAGUAUGAGAACAUGGUUAGAAAUGACCAAUGGGAUGAGAGGCCUGUUGGACCCAUUUCCCUAGUCCUACUCUUGCAUCUUCAUUGACACAAAGUUCAUAGAAUCAUAGAAAAUUAGGGUUGGAAGGGACCUCAGGAGGGCAUCUAGUCCAACCCCAUGCCCAAACAGGACCACCUCCAAAUAGAUCAUCCCAGCUAAGGCUUUGUCGAGCUGAACCUUAAAAAUCUCCAAGGAUGGAGAUUCCACCACCUCUCCAAGUAACCUUUUCCAGGGUUUUACCACACUCCUAGUGAGAGAGGUUUUCCUAAUAUCCAAUCUAAACCUCCCUUGCUGCAACUUGAAACCUUGCUCCUUGUUCUGUUAUCUGCCCCUACUGAGAACAGUCUAGUGCCAACCUCUUUAGAACAACUCUUCAGGUAGUUGAAGUCUGCUAUCAAACCCCCUCUCAGUCUUUUCUUCUCCAAACUAAAUAAACCCACUCACCCAUGCAUGUGAGGUUCUACUCACAUGCAUUCAACUGCAGGGGCAGGACCAAAGUCUACAGUUCAAACCUAUUCUCACUCAGUCUGUGCGUUACCCCUCUUGUGGCACUGUCUGGUGUACCCACUGCAAUGAUGGUUUACUUCAUGUAGAUGAUAGUAUCCACAAAGGAAUUGCCAGAUGGAUGCUACUAGCUCAUGUCCUCUAAGCCUCAGAGCAGCCCUCAAACAGUAAAGACAACCAGCCACUUCGGAACUGAUCUAAGAUUUUAAUUGGGGAAAGGCUCUGAAUCCAAUUUCAAAAUCCCUUAUCCAUUCAGUCCCUCAAGGCAGAAUUUUUAUUUAAUCCAGCUCUAAAUCAAUAGUGAUUUACGUUUAAUUUACUUUAAACAUCUUAGCUGAACUUCCGCUGUCUUCAGGCAUCGAAUAAAUCCUAACGCUUUGUAAUUACUGUACACCUAUGAAAGAAAUGGUAUGAAAAACUAUCAUUGAGAGCAUUAAUAAAAUUAUUUUAAAAAUCUUGGUAUUGUCUGAAAUUAAUAAUCCACUAGAUUUUUUUCAUUUGCUCCUGCUUAUUACAGACCUGCCUUUGAAUCUUCUAUUAAAAUGACUUAUUCAAACUAUUUGUAUAGUUGUGUUUAGUGGGAAGUUAUGUACUGUCGGAUGUACUGCAUGAGGAUUUAUUAAUUUGUUCUGUCUUUCAGGCAUUGAUUUUAGUGGCAUUUAUAUAACAUUGGUAUGACUAAAAUGAACAGAUUGAUUCACGCAUAUGGAUUAGUUUGCUUAAGACUUUGAGGUUAAGUUAGGUUUAUCUUGCACUGUAAUGACAGAAUUCAUCACUGUAUUAUUUACAAGAGACUGAACUGGCUGCUUCUCAAUAACUGAAGAGAUCUUCACUGUUUUAUUUAUGUAUAAAUGUUUACUUAAUCAGAUACCAAUUUUGUUUAGGAGAGUUUGUUAGUGAAAAGAAAUUGUAAAUAGCAAUAUGUCUUCUUUUUUAAAGUUUAUAGAUUUUCAUCUGUAGCAAAAUUCAAGAUUUCCAAAGUGUCUUUGUCUCCUGGCAAUCAGAAACUCUCUCAUGUAUGCUUUCUGGUAAUUGCAAUUACCUACUGUGAUACCUCACAUAAAAUACAGUCCUAAUACAGAA